GUGGAAUCACCAUCAUUACACAUGAAUUCUUAGUAUGGCUGCUGGUCUAGCGAUCCCUCCUAGCCGCCGCCUAGAGUGCAGCCUGCCUGCUGAAGACCGUAACGUAAGUAACUCAGUGCUCCAUACGGGGGAAAUGAAAGCAGAAUUCGUUCGGAUCCUCCCACAUGUUCAAUCUUUUUUUAGCGGUUUCCCCAGAGAUCUUUAUCAUUAAUGCAACCUCCAUUUUGCUCAUUCAUGGAGUUGUAUUUAGUACCUCUAAGAAAUAUGAUUAUCCGCCGUUAGUCAGUAAUGUGGGUUGGCUUGGAUUACUUAGUGUUGCGUAUCUAAUAACCUUGCUUCUGCUCGCCGCUGGCGCACCUCUCCUAACUAUUGCCCAUUUAUUCUGGAAUAAUCUUUUUAGGAGGGACAAUUUUACAUAUUUCUGCCAAAUCCUUCUAUUAUUAAGUACGGCUGGUACCAUUUCGAUGUGUUUCGAUUCUUCCGAACAAGAGAGGUUUGAUGCUUUUGAAUUCAUUGUAUUAAUUCUACUUCCUACUCGCAGUAUGCUCUUUAUGAUCUCGGCUCAUGAUUCAAUUGCCAUGUAUUUAGCUAUUGAGCCUCAAAGUUUAUGUUUUUAUGUGAUCGCAGCAUCAAAAAGAAAGUCUGAAUUUUCCACGGAAGCCGGCUCGAAAUAUUUGAUCUUAGGUGCAUUUCCCUCUGGAAUAUUAUUGUUUGGGUACGACCGGACAACUACCGAUAUCUAUUAAUAUCUUUUCUUAGAAUGUUGUUGUUAAAUAUGUAUCUAUCUUUCUAUAUCGUAAACUAUCGGAUCGGGUAUUACUUAGAUGUGAAACUUGCAGACCUCAUUGGUUGUGAUAUUGAUCUUACGGGGGGAACGAAAUCAAAGAAUAUAUAGACUUGUAGAGACCCUCUAUGUAGUUGUCUAUCUAGGGCGAUCGAUCUACAUUUUUCCCCAUAGCCCUGGGGCUGUGUCUCGAUCUCCUACGUGCGAAAUCUGAGGGACUAGUUCCUAUGGAGAUUCCCCUUGGUCUAAUUCCACGCCUUAUGACGUAUUUGAUGGGAGGCUUGGCGUAAAGUGAAGAUUGAGGGAAGUAGAGAAAAAUUCCCUUCUGGGGUAUUCCGAAGGUGUAACCUAGGCAACGAAAAAUGGGCCCGAUACUUCAACUAGAGGAGCGACCAGUUGGUUCACCAAACCCCGACCCAGCGUCACACGUUUUCCAGGUCCGAAGGGAUCCAGUGCCCAACUACCGACUCCUCCCGGAAUUGCGUUAUCGGAGCCGAGCCAGGAAUGGCCAUUAGUGGACACCCACCACGGUUAGAGAGGCCCUCUUUAAUACAUUAAGAAAAGAUGUUCACAGGGGCCAGAAAGACUCGGUCAUAGGAACUUAGACCACCUACGCGCUGGUAAACGAAAACCACCUCGACCGGAUCAGAGUAAACAACAAUGUCGAAUCAGGCCGCCCCUUGCCUUGAAAGAAUUCACACGCGGCCACCAGCUUUCCAAAAAUAAGGGGAGAUCUGCUGCUUACUGCUCACGAAAACAUUCGACCUAUACAACUAGUCAAGUCGUCCGCGUAUCUUUCUGAUCUCCUUUCCUUCUAUUCAUCAGAUUUUUGGCUUUGGCCCAUUCAAAGUGAAAAAUGGGGUUGAUGAUGUUGGCUAAAAAAGGGGGAGAGAGGAGAGGUUUGGGGUACGCUCACUUCUGCAUUUUUGUUUAGGUUAUCGAAAUUAUCAAUCGCUCUUUUUAGUGGGGAGGAAUAGUGCGUGAAUGGCGGUUCUCAGACGAGGGAAUCAUUCCUCUCUAAAUAAAAAUAGGCUAGAAUGCUUCUAUUGAUAGAACUUUAACGUCUGCGCAUAGAAUCGUUUUUUUGCCUUUCUAUUCCGUUCUUACCGGCAGUUGGAUCGGAAUCCGUGUGAUGGUUCUAGAGUGGUUUCAAAUAUUCUUCGCAUCCAUCUUCGGCCUUGUGUUAGAAGUCCCGCGGGACUGAGUUAGUGGUCGAGUCGUUUUUGGUAAUUGACACCCGUCGCAUUAGUUUCAAUUCAUAUGUUACCAUUCAUAGUGAAGUAGCCCUCUUUUUGAUGUCUGAGUGCCUUAUUCUAUCUAUCAAAGUCCUUCUUUGUCUAUAGCUCGGGUCAGUCCCCCAUGGUCCGCUUUGAUUUUCUCGAACAGUUCCGGUCUGCAUCAGGGACUCUCGUGCGAGCCAUGCAACGUUCCCAGGCAGAAACUGCUCCUUUCCUUGAGCUCCCUAUUUAGUUCCUCCCAGGCGUUGAUCUCGCAACGGCCCUCCAGCACGUCCUCAUAUCGCGUCCGCCACCACAGCUUCGCAUCCCCAGAGAGAUACAUUGUUGCCAUUGUGACUUGGUCGUCAAAAGGGGCACGAACAGCUUUAAUUAAAGUACUGUUCCAUGUCCCAGAGGUCUUCGAGCCUUGGCAUUUCGAAUCCCGUUGAAUGGCUGUGGUUCCAGGACUCAAAUGCGUCUGGAGUCGCCAGGUGAAACAUUCGGUUCACAAACCGGAGACCUAUCUCCACAUAAAAAUGCCUCAAUUUGACCUGGUCCGUCACGCUUUGGACAUCGCCACCGGGAUCGUUGAGGCCCCAUGAAGACGGCUCUCCUUCACUGGGAAGACGCGGUACUCAUUAGCGAGCGUCUGGUGACCAACGAUUCCUGAUUCUCCUGCCUUUCUGCCAUAGUCUACACUUGUCCGCCCAAAUGGUCGACCUUGCCAUCAAGUUGGGUCACUCGAUCCUUGAGUGUUUCCUUAGCAACAGCCGUCGCAGACAGCGCUCCACUGCUAUCGUCAAGCUUGGACAUGGUGCAACAAGAAAGAGAAUUAGCAGAAAUCGAAAGCCCAAAACUCCGCUCUGAUACCUCCUAAAGCGAAAUAGACACGCGCACGGGUAGAGAGUCUGUCUGAGUCGUGCGGCCCCAGGUGCUACACUACAAUAGGCGUUACCUGGAUUCUCUCCUUGCCGAAUUUCGCUUCUGAUCUUUCUCUGAGUCUCUAUUUCGUUACCUUCUACUACCGAUCUGCUCCUGCUGCUCGCUUCGCUUGUUUCGUUAAGCUCGCUUUCUUUAAAGAAACUAAAAAAAAAGAGAAUAUGAAAAGCAG